AUGCCUAAACAUCUCCCAAUCGAGGUAGAUCCAGACAUAAUAGCCGCGGCCUCCGACUACGACGGCUCCUCCGCUGCCUCGAGCUUCACCAGCUCGGCAUCCCUACGGAGCAGCAUCUUGCGUUACCGCGUCGAGAACGGCCGCACCUACCACGCCUACAAAGACGGCUCGUACCUAGGUCCCAACGACGACCCCGAAAAGGAGCGCCUCGAGCUGCAGCACACGCUCUGCGUCCUCACCUUUGACGAGCUGUACCUAUGUCCCGCGGGCAAGCCCGAUCCAGCCCCCUACGUGCCCGCCAACGUCGAGUUUGGCAUCGACGACCUCGAGGACCCCUGGACCUACUCGGACCGCUUCAGCCUCAUCUACGCGCGCUUCCUCACGGCGUCCGUUGCCGAUUGGCCGCGUCUGUUCAAGCAGUGCUACGACAACUUGGAGCCUGGCGGGUGGCUCGAGGUCGUCGAUAUCCUCCCCAUCACGAGCGACGACGGCACGUUGGCUGCUGACACGCCGCUGGCGAGGUGGGCCGCGCUCAUCCUCGAGGGUACGCGGAGGUGGCCUAAAGAUUCCAAGCUAAAGGAGUUAGGCCAGUGGUGCUUUGAAAACAUCGACACGGGGCUCGAAGCAAUCAGCAACGCCAUCUUCACACGAUUCCUCGGAUGGACAAAGGAGGAUUUGGACGCAUUUCUUGCCGAGGUUCGCGAGGACAUGAAGAAUCACGACAUACAUUCAUACUGGCCCAUGUAA